CGUUCUGUCUCUGUAAUGCAGGGCUACCUGUUUUUCUUUGAGCAAAGCAGUGACUGUCUGUGCGGCCCUUUCUUCUGGAGGAGUGCAGCUGUUGGAGUAAGCCCUUUCUGCUUUUAUCAACAGCGUCACAAGACGAGGACUCAAACAGGUGUGUUUAAGGACGCUGACAUGAAUCUAUGCUGAUGUUGGUUUUUUUUUUGGAUGUUCUUGGAAGAAACGGAUAAUGGCCACAAUGAUUUGGACCAGAAGACUUUUCUGUGUUCUAAUCUUCUUUAUAGGAUAUUUGGCAUUGGUCACCUAUAGGAUGAUAAGAAUGAAAUCUACGGAUUUGUAUCAUCCUCCCCCAUUUAGGACAUUUCUGAAUCCUGUCACAAAUCCUCAUACAACUGUGGAUGAUGAGCUCAUAAAAUUACUAGACUGGCCAGAACCCCCUACUACUGUUUCCAAUAUCAGCCUCUCCACCCACCCCAAAAAGAGCACUUUCCACCUGCUAGACAAUCAGACCACGUUCAAGGUUGGAGAAACGUUAAGGGUCCUUAUCACGGCUAAGGAUCAUGAUGGCUACCCAAAAACCUAUGGAGGUGACUUUUUCGAAGCAAAGUUGCACUCCCCGAAGUAUAAAGCUGGGGUAACUGGAAACGUGAAUGACUUUGGCAAUGGAAGCUACUUGGCCACUUUCCUACUCCCAUGGCCCGGAGAAGUUGCUGUGAAUAUCAAGCUAAUUGUGUCCAGUGAAGCUGUGGCUGUCCUUAAGAACAAGAGAGAGAAUCACCCAGAAAAGGUCUAUUUUCACGGCUUUUUCCAACUGAAUGGCAUUACUGAGGUCACCGAAUGUAAUGUUGAGCUGGGGAGGAGCGACGUCUGUACCUAUAACCACCCUAUCAGUGGUGACACGUGGGAGUGCGUGAGGCCACAAAAGCUGCCUUGUGACGCUUGGGUUUCUCAUUCUACGGGCGGCUUUCGUAAUGUGACCAGUUUAGUGGAAAGUUACUUACUGAGUGGAUCAGUUGCCGAGCAGAAUAUUCAAAGCUUCGUUCCUCCAAUCAACGUGGAGCCAACUAAUAGAAUUACAGAACUCAUCUCAAAGCUGCCAGUCUGUAGACCAGGUCAAGAGCCCCCACAGCCUUCUGGAUAUUAUUAUAAUGAUAACUGGGUAUCCUUGACAUGUCAGGGGCAACACUUCCCUCACCCAUCAAAUGCCAGUGACUGCCUACGGGGAAAGAAUAUCUACAUGUUUGGAGAUUCCACUCUGCGUCAGUGGUUUGAAUAUCUAGAGAGUUUCAUCCCAAGCCUCAAGAGGAUUGAUCUGCACGGUAAUUUUAUGCCUGGACCAUUGCUUGCGGUAGACCCUGAAUUUGGACUCUUACUGACUUUUAGAUCUCACGGACUACCUUAUAGGACCACACGGACUAUGGCCUCUGAUUUCCACUAUGAGUCUGUAGACAUAGCGGGCAUUAGCGGAGGACCUCAUACAGUUGUAGUGAUAACAGUCUGGGCCCAUUUCACCAGCUUCCCAAUACGGUUUUACAUACGAAGGUUAGCCCAGGUACGGAAGGCAGUUGUAUCCCUGCUCUCCCGCAGCCCACAGACUAAAGUUAUUAUUAAAACGGCUAAUACAGGCGAAACAUCUGUAUACACCAGUGAUUGGCUGGCUUUUCAACUGGACAUCCUAAUGAGGGCAGCAUUUAAAGGUCUGCCCAUCGCCAUGAUUGACGCAUGGGAUAUGACGUCAUGUCAUUACUAUAUGAAAAACCUCCACCCGGGUCCGCAAGUCAUAAGGAAUGAAGUUGACCUUAUGUUAUCUUAUAUCUGCCCCCGUUGAGCCAGAUACCCCCAUCAACCAUUCUCGCCAAGGCCUUGAGGUAAGAGGAUGGGUCAAGCCUAGGACAGCACCCAGCCAGGAUACAUCUCUGCCCUCAUUUAUUUUUAAACUUAAUCUUUCGACCUCUCUUUAGACUCAAUGGAAGCUAUGGAAGCCAAAAACCUUCUAUGCUAAGAGGCCGUAAAAAAAAAUUACGUUAACAAAGUUGAAAAUGACGUGAAUAAAGAUGAAGACUCUUGUGAUCUCAAAACAGUAUAUUCAUUAUUCAAUCUUUAAGAAACAAAGUUACGGAUUCCGAAACCGUUGAAUGUAGACCACGGAACAGUGCAGCUAAAUGAAAGGGGCCUUGACUGGGUGAGGGACAUUGGCUUUAGGACUUUGGGA